GGGGAGGUGACAAUGGCAGCUUUUAUCUGGAUGUUGAUUUUGCUCUUUUCCUUCCGGGCUUGUCCGGUUGUUUGUGACCCUUUUCUGUGGGUCCCCACUGGAAGAUGCUUUAGACUUGUGGCAGGCUUUGGGGCCUUGCUCUGGGCCGACCCCAUAUGGAUGGAGUUUUACCCACGAGGGGAUGGGUAACUUUGGGUGCUUCAUUUAGAAACUAGACUCUUUGCCUUACCUGUAUUGUUUCCUAGUUUUUAUUAAAGUUCCUUCCCAUUAAAGCGUCAUAUGUUUUGUGUUGAUGCGGCGGAUGGCAGAACCCAUUUAGAAUAGGCAGGUUUGUGGGGGUCUGGGGUGCCCCUCUCCCUGUCCUAUAACAGAUUUGGCAGAACCCAUUUAGAAUAGGCAGGUUUGCGGGGUUUGGGCUGCCCCUCUCCCUGUCCUAUAACAAAAGCAGCCUUCAGGCUCCGGGUAUAGCUCCGGCUCUAGCUCCAGCUCUGGCUUUAUCCCUGGCACCGGGACCCUGGCAUUGCCUUUACUACACGGAGGCAAGCAAAACCUAGUGAGUUUACUAGAAAAUCAGGCCCCAGGACGCUAGCCCCCUACAGCCUGGGAAAACGGUGAGGAUGCUGAGGCUCCCUAAGAGCAUUUUAGUUGAAUGUGCCAGGAAAAGCUUUUCUAGAGUCCAGCAGGUGAGGGGUUAAAGCAUCUCUCUGAUUUCCUCUGUGCCUGGAGGAGAAGAGAGCUGUCACAGUUCCCCCAUCUGUUUAUCUUCCUGGGAGUCUGGUUGGCCAGGACCCCGCUUGACCUGGCCAGUCCAUUUCUGCCUGAAUUCUUCGGCUUGCACCCCUGACUUGAAGCUGUUAGGGGAAAGGCUGUCCUAAAGCUAAUUCCAUACAGGCUUUGUGGACGCCACCCCCACCCCAGGCCAAACAAAGCCAAAGACACUGGGAACUCCAAAUCCCAUCCACACCCAAGGGAAGGUGGCUGGGACCUGAGGGUGGGGUUCAGCAGCCAGGUUGGUAUGAAGGCAGACACGUGGGCUUUGGGGGGGAUCCCCCAUUUUGGCUCUCCGCCAUCUCGCAGCGUCCGGCCAGCUCUGAGAGUGCCUUUGGGUUUCCAGGUCAGCGGAUCAGGUGAGGACGCCCUUCCCGGUCAUCCUACAACCCACUUGAAGACAAUGGCAGAUAUCUUUGGAUACGUGAUUGGAGGAGUUGCGGCGGUGGUGGCUGCACCCGUGGUGCUGGGCGCCGUGGGCUUCACGGGGGCAGGAAUCGCCGCCGGCUCUGUGGCGGCCAAGAUGAUGUCAGCCGCGGCCAUCGCCAACGGGGGCGGCGUGGCGGCCGGCAGCCUGGUGGCCACUCUGCAGUCCGCAGGGGCUGCGGGGCUCUCUGCCUCAUCUAACGCUUUGCUGGGUGCUGCCGGCUCAGCCAUGGGGGGCUGGCUGUGCGGGUCUGACGACUGAGGCCCUUCCUCCCUUGGCCAUGGAGCCCACAUGAGCCACGCGGGCUCCACAGUGCAGCUGACACGCCAGCGUCUCACAGGGGCCACCCCAAAACACAGCUGUGGCAUAUCCAAAGUUGUUCCAAGAAGAAUGAGAAAUAAAGACGAGCGGCCGAGACCCUCCACGAGCGUGGUGCUGUGUCGGCGCGUGGGCUGGCGGUGGGGGGUGCUCGCGGGCGGUGCCGGGCAGGGCCUCGCCGGGAAGGAGCGUGGGAGCUGUGACAGCAGCCGGCUCUGUUCGCAGCCUCCCACUCCCGUCUGGCCUGGGAAGGCCCCAUCCUCCGCACCCAGGAUUCGGGGUCUGCUUCAGGACCUGGAAGUCACAGCGCUGCGUCUGCUGCCGGGGGGCCCUUCCCCCUGGGAUCAGGCUGCCUCUAUCCAGGGCCUCUGCCCUCCUUGGCUCAGAGCAGGACAUCAGCCCCCCAACCCCCACCCGGAACUGGACAGGCCCUGCGGGAGGGACAGGUCACCUCCUGGUCACGGGGCUCCCAGAGGUGACCAAUGCGGGCCCCUCACUUCCAGAGGCCCCAGUGUGCCCUUCCCUGGGCCAGCUGCCAGGUGUCCUGCCCAUGUGCCACCUGCCUGGAAAGGCGUGUCAGCCACCCCAGCUCCGGGACGCCUUCCCCCUUCAGACCGGGGCUGGGACUGCAACAGGGUGGUCCCCAGGAAAGGGGGAGGUUCCCUGCCCCACCCAAGGGAGGGUGGAGCUGAGCAGCAAGAGAAGAAGCUGCAGAAGAGACUGAGGAAGGAAGGAAGCAGGAUGGAGCCAGGAGACCUGGAAGAGGCGCAUGGAGCCUAGAGACACGUGAAGAAACUGCACUUGUCUUUUGGUCGUGGACUAGGUGACACAGAUGUGGGUGAGACCCGUGGGGAGGUGACAAUGGCAGCUUUUAUCUUGAUGUUGAUUCUGCUCUUUUCCUUCCGGGCUUGUCCGGUUGUUUGUGACCCUUUUCUGUGGGUCCCCACUGGAAGAUGCUUUAGACUUGUGGCAGGCCUUGGGGCCUUGUUCUGGGCCGAUCCCAUUUGGAUGGACUUUUACCCACGAGGGGACGGGUAACUUUGGGUUCUUGAUUUAGAAACUAGACUCUUUGCCUUACCUGUAUUGUUUCCUAGUUUUAUUAAAGUUCCUUCCCAUUAAAGUCUCAUAUGUUUUGUGUUGAUGCGGCGGAUGGCAG